AUGUCCCACGCUCAAAGUACUAUCAACCCUGCCCGGGCCAAUUUCUUCCGGGACCUGAAAGGGGAUCUUGGUCAUGAGGUAUUGGAAACCCUGGACCCCGAGAAGGCCAAGUCCCAGAGCCUUCCGACAGCAGCAGGCUCCUCUACGACUAAACUCGAGAGAUAUCCAUGCAUAACCCAGAAGCCCACGCCUGCGGCGAUUGCAGGUAGUAUUAGUGCUACAGCCCUUCAAGUUGGGCUUGGAAAGGAGAUACCCCGCUGGAAGACCGGACCGACAAAAACUGUCAACUUCGCCGUUCUUGCGAAUGGAUAUCCAAAGCCGGACCUCGCUUUUCUGGCAGCGAACAAGUUGCAUGAAGCCGCCAAUGAAUGGAAUGAGCUGAAGCUCGGUGUGCAGUUUGAAUGGGUUUCUAAGAUCGAAGAUGCCGCAUUCGUCCUCACCUACGCAAAGGAAGUCAGCCCUGGGACCCUUGCUGAGGCAUUUUUUCCGAAUAAUGUGGAUUUGAACGUGCUGAACGUCUAUCCUGCUGCAUUCCAGGAAGGAACAGUGCAAUACUUGAAGAAUAUUUUCUUACACGAGCUAGGUCACAUCCUGGGACUUCGUCACGAAUUUGCCCCGGAGAGGGAAACUGAUGCCAACCUAAACUCGGUCCAAAUUGGUCCACGUAACCCAACAUCAGUGAUGGCAUACGAAUUCCCUCCCCUGAUGCAGCCCUCGGAUAUCGACAGCACUAAAACUUUCUACCAAUUCUCUGGAACACAUCUUGGAGUUAUGGAAAAGACUGGUAGGUUGCCCAUUGUGGACUACGACGCAAAUAACUAG